GUCCCUUCACCACCUCCGCUGCUGCCACCUCCGCUUGUGCUGCCACUGCGGGCGUCCGGCCACUCGGCCGGUCGGGCAUGAGACCGUGAGGCGAGCGACGGGCCGGGGCCGCCGACAUGUUUGGCCGCUCUCGGAGCUGGGUGGGCGGGGGCCACGGCAAGUCCUCCCGCAACAUCCACUCCUUGGACCACCUCAAGUAUCUGUACCAUGUUUUAACCAAGAACACCACAGUCACAGAACAGAACCGGAACCUGCUGGUGGAGACCAUUCGUUCCAUCACUGAGAUCCUGAUUUGGGGAGAUCAGAAUGACAGCUCUGUAUUUGACUUCUUCCUGGAGAAGAAUAUGUUUGUUUUCUUCUUGAACAUCCUGCGGCAGAAAUCCGGCCGCUAUGUGUGCGUUCAGCUGCUCCAGACCCUGAACAUCCUCUUUGAGAAUAUUAGUCACGAGACCUCACUUUAUUAUUUGCUCUCUAAUAACUAUGUAAAUUCAAUCAUUGUCCAUAAAUUUGACUUUUCCGAUGAGGAGAUUAUGGCAUAUUAUAUAUCGUUCCUGAAAACGCUUUCGUUAAAACUCAACAACCACACUGUCCAUUUUUUUUACAAUGAGCACACCAAUGACUUUGCCCUGUACACAGAAGCCAUCAAAUUUUUCAAUCACCCUGAAAGCAUGGUUAGAAUUGCCGUAAGAACCAUAACUUUGAAUGUGUAUAAAGUGGAUAACCAGGCCAUGCUGCACUAUAUCAGAGAUAAAACUGCUGUCCCUUACUUCUCCAAUUUGGUCUGGUUCAUCGGGAGCCACGUGAUCGAACUUGAUAACUGUGUGCAGACUGACGAGGAGCACCGGAAUCGGGGGAAACUGAGUGACCUGGUAGCUGAGCACCUGGACCACCUGCACUAUCUCAAUGACAUCCUGAUCAUCAACUGUGAGUUUCUCAACGAUGUGCUCACAGACCACCUGCUCAACAGGCUCUUCCUGCCCCUCUACGUGUACUCACUAGAGAACCAGGACAAGGGAGGAGAACAACCGAAAAUCAGCCUGCCGGUGUCUCUCUAUCUUCUGUCGCAGGUCUUCCUAAUUAUACAUCAUGCACCGCUGGUGAACUCAUUAGCUGAAGUCAUUCUGAAUGGUGAUCUGUCUGAGAUGUACGCUAAGACUGAACAGGAUGUUCAGAGAAGUUGUGCCAAGCCCAGCAUCCGGUGCUUCAUUAAACCCACUGAGACGCUUGAGCGGUCCCUUGAGAUGAACAAGCACAAGGGCAAGAGGCGGGCGCAAAAGAGACCCAACUACAAAAAUGUUGGGGAGGAAGAAGAUGAGGAGAAAGGGCCCGCCGAGGAUGCCCAAGAAGACACCGAGAAGGCUAAAGAGAUCGAGAUGGUCAUCAUGGAGCGCAGCAAGCUCUCGGAGCUGGCCACCAGCACCUCCGUGCAGGAACAGAACACCACAGAUGAGGAGAAGAGCGCCGCUGCCACGGGUUAUGAGAACACACAGUGGAGCAGACCCUUCCUAGAUAUGGUGUACCACUCCCUGGACAGCACGGAUGACGACUACCAUGCCCUGUUUGUGCUCUGCCUUCUCUACGCCAUGUCUCAUAAUAAAGGCAUGGAUCCUGAAAAAUUGGAGCGAAUCCAGCUCCCAGUGCCAAAUGUGGCCGAGAAGACUACCUACAACCAUCUCCUGGCUGAAAGACUCAUCAGGAUCAUGAACAAUGCUGCCCAGCCAGAUGGAAAGAUCCGGUUGGCGACGCUGGAGCUGAGCUGCCUCCUCCUGAAGCAGCAAGUCCUGACCAGCUCUGGCUGCAUCAUUAAAGAUGUGCACCUGGCCUGCCUGGAGGGAGCAAGAGAAGAAAGCGUUCAUCUCGUACGACAUUUUUAUAAGGGAGAAGAAAUUUUUCUGGACAUGUUUGAAGAUGAGUACAGGAGCAUGACAAUGAAGCCCAUGAACGUGGAGUAUCUCAUGAUGGAUGCCUCCAUCCUGCUGCCCCCAACAGGCACGCCGCUGACAGGCAUUGACUUCGUGAAGCGGCUGCCCUGUGGCGAUGUGGAGAAGACCCGGCGGGCGAUCCGGGUGUUCUUCAUGCUGCGUUCCCUGUCACUGCAGCUGCGAGGGGAGCCCGAGACCCAGUUGCCACUGACUCGGGAGGAGGACCUGAUCAAAACCGAUGACGUCCUGGAUCUGAAUAACAGCGACUUGAUCGCGUGCACAGUGAUCACCAAGGAUGGCGGCAUGGUCCAGAGAUUCCUGGCUGUUGAUAUUUACCAGAUGAGUUUGGUGGAGCCCGACGUGUCCAGGCUUGGCUGGGGAGUCGUCAAGUUUGCAGGCCUCCUACAGGACAUGCAGGUGACUGGUGUGGAGGAUGACAGCCGUGCCCUGAACAUCACCAUCCACAAGCCUGCAUCCAGCCCCCAUUCCAAGCCCUUCCCCAUCCUGCAGGCCACCUUCAUUUUCUCAGACCAUAUCCGCUGCAUCAUUGCCAAGCAGCGCCUGGCCAAAGGCCGCAUCCAGGCGAGGCGCAUGAAGAUGCAGAGGAUAGCUGCCCUCCUGGACCUCCCAGUCCAGCCAACAACUGAAGUCCUGGGAUUUGGACUCGGCUCCUCCACUUCCACCCAGCACCUGCCUUUCCGCUUCUACGACCAGGGUCGCCGGGGCAGCAGUGACCCCACGGUGCAGCGUUCUGUGUUUGCAUCUGUGGACAAGGUGCCAGGCUUUGCUGUGGCCCAGUGCAUAAACCAGCACAGCUCGCCAUCCUUGUCCUCACCGUCACCGCCAUCUGCCAGUGGGAGCCCCAGUGGCAGCGGGUCCACCAGCCACUGUGACUCGGGCGGCGCCAGCUCAUCCUCCACUCCCUCCAUGGCCCAGAGCCCAACAGAUGCCCCCACAACUCCAGAACAGCCUCUGCCUCACUUUCCUGACCAGCUGGAGAUCGUCAACGAAACAGAAGCAGACUCCAAGCCUACCAAGAGUUUGACCAGGAGUGCGGACAUGGAGACUGCCAACCUGUCCCCCAGCCUCAUCCCUGCCCCACAGCCCACCAUCUCCCUGCUCUGUGAGGACACUGCUGACACGCUGAGCGUUGAAUCUCUGACCCUUGUCCCCCCCGUCGACCCCUGCAGCCUCCAUACCCUCACCAGCAUCCCCCCACCUCCCAUGCCAGCUGUAUCGUGCCCGGUGACCCCGGACAAGAAGGCUGCGUGUGUGGAGCCCACAGGCCCUGCGGAGCACUGAGUCAGCACC